GUUGUUAUGGCAACAUCGGUUCAGUUCCGUAAACACAACUAGACAGGUCGAGGGUUAUUUCUCAAACUACAUAGAGUCUGAGAAAGUGGAGUAAAAAACAAAAACCAUGUUGACGGCACACCGAAGAAGGACACGGGAAAUAACUGGACCUGCACAUUCCGUGGCAGUGAGAGCAAGACAUAAUUUAUCCAAAGACAUAGACAGCCUGUUUCUGAGGAGAAGAAAACAGGAGGCGACACAGAAUGAGGUGCUGGAGUUUACCAAGGAUCACAGCUCCUGUGAUGUGAGAAUGAGAUGGGAAAGGAACACGCAGCGCCGGAUGGUGUCGGCCACUAUUAGUAGACAUCUAGAGGAAGCAAGAGAGCAGUACCAGAUGGGCAUUGAUGAGAAGAGGGAAAGGCUUCGUGAACUGCUGGAGUCAGAAGAGCAGGAACUCUUCAGGGAGAUGGAGGCAAAAAAGGAGACGGUGUUAGAGAGGCAGGCUAAAAUGCUUGAAAGAGCCACGACUCUACGGGAGAGAAGGGAGAGCGAGAGACAGAGACUUGUUGCUGAUAAACUCGAUCAGCUCUUCAGAGAGCAGAGUGAGGAGCUGCGUACUGUGCAGAUGAAGCGCAGACAGGAUGAGGUCUGCACUGAGCGUGAGUCUCAGAUCCGUACUAAGGAGGAAGUGCGACGGAUGCAAGAAGAAGAAGACAGAUUGUUCGCUCAGAUGUGGGAGAGCGACAGGCUGGCUAAAGAGGAGCGUCAUAACCAGGAGGUUCAACGUCAGAGAGAGAACAACCUCCAGCAGAAGACAUUCCUGCAGACACAGAUGGAAACGGCUGAGCAGCAGAGAGUCCGGGCCAAGCAACUGAAGCAAGAGGAGGCCCGGUUAUUGAGAGACCAGAGGGAGAUGCUUCGUCUGGAGGCAGAGAGAGAACACAGACAGAAGCUCCAAGACCAGGAGAAACGACGUAAGCAGCUGGACCUUUCACUUCGGCUGAAGAUGAAGCGCCUGGCUCGAGAUCGCCAGGAGGAGCUGGCUCUGGAUAUGAGCAUCCUGGAGCAGCUUCUGACUGAAGAAAGAGAUGAAAAGCAGGAUGAGGUCCUCAAAAAGCUGGAGCGCCAAGAGGAGCAGCACAGGUACCGGGAGUAUCUAGCAGAGCAGCUCAAAGAGCAGAAACGACAAGAAGCUGAGACGGAGCAACUGUUUGAAUCAGAGCUCCAGCAGGCCUGGGCUCGCAGGGAGGCACAGUGGCGUCUGGAAAAGACAGCGAGAGACAGACUUAUGAAGGAUGUCAUGGACACUCGCCGGUUGCAGAUCCAGGAGAAGUUGAUCGAGAACAUGCAGAAACAAGCUGAGACUUUAAAAGAGAGAGAGGAGCUUGACCGAAUCAUUCAAGAGAACAAAUUGCUGGAUGAAGAAGAAAAAACUCGUUUAAGGGAGGCCACUCAGGAGUAUCGGGCUGAUUUACUGGCUCAGAUGCUGCACCGCCAGCACAUUCGUGAAGCAGAACAAGCUGAGAAAGAACACGAGUUCCAGAAGGGUCUAAUGUAUCAGGAACAGUACAAUAAGAAGAUUCAGGACAUCCUUUCAAGGCCCAUAUCCGGCACGACAGCAGUUCAUCCCUUCAGGAGACGAGAGCGCGGCUGCUCCAGCUCUGGUGGACAGCUGGAAUAAAUCCAACUCACAACAUUAGUAACAUCUGUAACAUUAGUAUAAAAUAUUCUAAAAACAGUAUAGAAAGAAAAUAGAUUUUUAAAAAAAGGAACGUUCAGUGAAGUUCCUAACUUACAUGCUCAUUUCUGAAAAACUAUGCUGUGUGUUUUACUCAUUUGUGUGAUCUGUGAUCAGAUUCAUUAUCCCGUGUCAAAGUUUGUAUUCAGACAUAAAUACAAGUCUGACUGGA